UCGCGAUCUCGCGAAGCGAAGUGGGGCACCUUCGCCCUGAUAUAGGUUGCGGCCAUCGAUGACAUGGGUGGCGGGAGGUGAGCGCGGCUUCGCGCUCACGUGUCUUAGAACGUGCAGUCCGCCGUGCGGCGCACUUCAGGCCGAUCAUCGCGGUUGCAGUCGAAGCUCAGUUCGCGUGGAAACCGUCAAGCGACGAACGACGCGUCUCGUCAUUGUCGCCGUCGUCAUCGUUAUCGUACGUGAAGAAACAUCACGAGCAUAAACAUUUCGUCGGACCCCUCCGCCAAUUUCGAUCAGGACCAACGGAGCGGAAGAUGAACCACGCGCCAGUAACUUAACGCGUGUGCGUGCGUGCGUGAGAGGAAUCGAGAUAAGGGAACAAUUUUUGAGAGAUUUGUCGAUUCGAUAGGGAAACGCACGAUGGAGGAGGUGUCCGUGGAGAACGCCAAGAUAUCCGACUCGGGAUAUUCCAACACCUGCAGCAACAGCCAGUCACAACGCAGCAGCGGUAGUUCGAUCUCGAGGAACAGCAAUCGCUCCGAGAGCAGCGGUUACUGCGGCAGGCGCCCUUCGACCUUCGGAUCCAGCAAUGAGGCAUUACCGCAGCCGAUCAGCAAGAGAAAGGACAAGGAGCACAAGAAGAAGAAGUCGAAGACGGUGUCGGCGAUCACCGCCGAGGAGGCGGAAGUCGGCCUGAAGACUGUGAACGCGCCGGCCGAGGUCGCUUCCUAUAACACUGUUGUGCCGGCGAGUGUCAUACUUGACCAGAAACCAGAAGAGGUAGCCACCGUAGAAUUGGUGGACGCAACGGAUCCCGGCGAGCACAACGGCGACACCGUCGCAGAUCCGGAAGUAGGACUUGCUUCACGAACGAUCCCUCUGGACGAUUCCACGUCUCAGGCCAAUCGGUGCGGUUACUUUAUUGAAACAUUUCCAUCGUCCUUGUUUUUUACCUGGAAAACCAGCUGGAAAGACGGAGGAUUUUUAUUUAAAACAAGAGUCAAGGAGGGAUUUUGCGCGGUGAUUUCUAUGCACGACGGUCUCGUGCUGUACACAACCCCGUCGAUAUGCACCGCUCUUGGCUACCCUAAGGACGCCUGGAUCGGUCGAUCCUUCAUCGAUUAUGUGCAUCCGAAGGACAAAACCACCUUGGCCGAUCAGAUCACCAGUGGCAUCGCGUCGCCGCAGGAGGAACGGUCUAAAGGCAUCAACGGCAGACGGGCGAGCCUAUUUUGCGGCCUGCGGAGGUUCACCAGGUGCAACAUGCCGAACGGACACCGCGUCAAUGCCAGGUCGAACCUGUACCUGCCGUUCCACCUGACCCUGUCCUUCCGGGACUUUCGGGACCGGACGGCCGAUCAACAGCCUAGCAACAAGGCUAUGUUCCUCGUGGUUACCGCUCAACCCGUCCAUUCCGCAUACAAAGCGCCAGAAGAAACAAUAAUAUCUUCGGUAUUCACGACCCGCCACACCGCGACGUGCCACCUAUCCCAUGUCGAUCCCGACGUAGUCCAAUACUUCGGCUAUCCACCACAGGAUAUGGUUGGCCGUUCGCUGUUUGACUUCUACCAUCCCGAGGAUCUGCCAUUCAUCAAAGACAUCUAUGAGACUGUGAUCAGACUCGAAGGCUGCUCCUUCAGGUCGAAGCCAUACAGGUUCGCCGUGCAGAACGGAGGCUGUGUCGUCCUCGAUACCGAGUGGUCGUCCUUUAUCAAUCCCUGGACGAAAAAACUACAGUUUGUCGUAGGUCAGCACCGUGUGCUCAAGGGACCGCUGGACCCGGACAUCUUCCGCGUGCCGCGCGAGACCGAAUGCGGCUAUUUGGCCAGCAUCAGCGAGGAGGUGCUGAAGGAGGCGAAGAUCAUUCAGGGCGAGAUACGGGCGCUGCUUGACGAGAGCAUCCAAAGAACGUCAGAUAUAACCGAGCUCGACGUGUCAAAGCGAUGUAAGGACCUAGCGUCCUUCAUGGAAAGUCUGCUGCAGGAGACAAAGGCGCCUGGUGUCGGCAAAGACGGACUCGCAGCGGACGACAAGAGCUUUUCGGGAUCACGCAAUCCCUUGUUGCAGGAGCACGACAGCGUGAUGCUUGGUGAGAUCUCGCCCCAUCACGAGUACUACGACAGCAAGUCCUCCACGGAGACGCCGCCGAGCUACAACCAGCUCAACUACAACGAGAACAUUGAGCGGUUCUUCAAGAGCAAACCGCCGGUCGCCACUAUGUACGGUAGCGACGAGGAGAACGUCAAUUCCAGCAACGACGAGGGCGCUCGAAAAUGCAUGUCGCCGAUAAACGGCAGCGGCGCGAGCGGCAGCGGCAGCGCGGAGAAUCUCAGCAGCGGUUCCAACAACCAGACGAGCUCGGCGAGCCGCGGCGACGCCUCCAACACCGCCAGCAACAGCAACACCACUGCGACGGAGAGUUUCAAACCGCCCACGCUGACGGAGUCGUUGCUGAACCGGCACAACGAGGACAUGGAGAAACUGAUGAUGCAGAAGCACCGUGAGCUGCGCUCCAGCAUCAAGAACAGCGACAAGCUCAAGGACUCGCGCAUCAAGACGGAGAAAGUCAAUGGGGCCGACCAAAGCGCCCAUUACGUCAGUCAGGGUCACGGCAUCAAAAGGAGCAGCAGUCACAGCUGGGAGGGUGACAGCUUCAAGGUGUCGAAGCAUGAUAAGAUCUCAAGGACGAGCACGGCGGGUCCGGCGAACCUCACCACGACUGUCACCAGCAUGAGCCUCGAUCAAUCGACCGCAGUGCAGACUGGGGCGAAUAUCAACCUGUGGCCACCGUUGUCAGUCACAGUGCCCUCCUCUGUGCCCACUCAACCCUGUGUUCCACCGCACAAUGUCAAUUCGGAGGCCAUACCUAGAUUCCCGCUGCUGCCGUCAGUGAUACCCGUGUACUAUGUGCCAAUACCACAAGCCAGCGAGUCGACUGCAACGUCGAGGUCACCACCCCAGGAGAAGCUGGGACCACCCCCGACUACGCAGCAAAAUCCUUAUAUAUUUGUUCCAGUGUCCUAUGUCGCGACGGCGAUGGCCGGAGUGAUAUAUCCGGCGAUGAUCGGCGCACCGCCGCCGCGUGCGAUGAUGUACAGGCCCUUUUUGAUACCCGAGCAAGCGCCGGCGGCGCGUGAGAACCAGCAGCCGUCCAACGACAAGUGUGUGGAUCGCAAACGGCCGGCCAGUCAAGCAACCAGCGUGAAGGCCGAGCCGGGAAGCAUAAUGGCCAUGUCCGAGUCCUCCAAGAAGGUUCUGUCGCCUGGGGAGCUCUUCUCGUCGUGUGUGAGCAACGAUGGCGGUUGCUCAAGCGUGGUGGAUUUAUUGACACCGGUGAUUAUGAAGGGACACCGACCGACGGACUACAACGGCGACGAGUCAAGCUCGUCCAGUUUCUACAGCAGUUUCCUCUACAAGAGCAGCGAUAGCAGCUGCAAUCCGGAUCAGAAGACGUGCGAGGUCUCCUCCGAGGAGCAUACCAAGUGUCAUCAAGGAAUGCGAAGGAGGGAUCCUCCUUGGCUGGAGGGUGUCCAACUGACGCCAGAACUGAUCUACGAGUACCAGAUGCAUCCAAAGACAUUGAACGAGGUGCUGAAGGCUGACAUGGACGCGAUGAAGAACUUCAACCAACCGCUGCUGGUGAACGAUCAGCUCGGGCAGCUCUAUCUGGACUUGGAAGUGGAAGGUUUCGGUACAGAACUGGUCCUCGAGGAAGGGAUCACAUCGAGCGGAAGCGACAGCGGCAGCAGCAACGGCAGUUGGACGGAAGUGGCAUCGCAGUGCAAGCAGAGAAGAAGAAUGGUGAAGUACGGCAAGCUCGUGAUGAUCCACGAGGAAAAUGCACCGUUGCCGCCCCCGUUGCCAUCUCAGAUUGUACCGUGCCAGCAUUCUUAGGAAUUGCGCACGAUCCGCCACGGAUGACGGAUCCAGGGCAACCCCGAAGUCGACGUUUGUAUCGUCGCGCUUGCAUUUCUCUUGAAUGGGUCCAGUGUCAUUUUGUUAGCCCUUGGGUUAGAUGAUAUUCUGUACUCGUACUGUUUAGGUAUGCACUUUGUUCUCGAAGCGUGCAGAAUCACUGAGGAACUUGACUUUCAUUUCGGACUGAUGACCUUCACUUCUCGCAUACUUUUGUUUUCAACGACAGUUUUUGAUACAACUUUUUCGUAGUAAGUAGAAAUAGGAGAUAAAAAAAACUGAUUCCUCGUUCCUUAAUUCCUUCAAUAAGGAAUAAAAUAUGCGCGUUAUUUCCUAUUAAGUUUCAUACUCCUUAAUUAAACGCCUGAAUGUGUCAAAGUCAAGUUUCCCCUUUAAUGUACAAACGGUAUUAAUUUGCUAUCGAAUUCCAAUCAAGCGACAGUCGGAGUGAGAUCUCUGAAUUGACCGGACACAUCUAAUCCAGAAGAAACGCAAACAGAAAGCAACACGUGUAUAUAAAUAACGAAUGAAAUGCACUGGAUGAGAGACUUGUGUGAGUCUACCAAGACCAAUAAUGCAGUGCUUCCGUUCCUUACAUCUUUCUUUUCGAGAGAAUCAGUCUCUUCUUAUCGAGAAGAUUACGGUUGAUCGUGAAGAUGCGACAAUCGCGUCGUCGUUGUCGUCGUCUAUACAAAGAAGAAAAAAUUUGAAGUUCGAAAGCUCGAAGAAGAUUUUGACGUUGCCUUAGCCAAGCAACAAGCUUGGAAUACGUUUUGCCAAAAUUUUCGACGCGAGAUAAAAUACAAAAGUGAAUAAAUUUUUGAAAAGUGAAAUUCUUAAAAGUAUUUGCGCUUAUAUUAUAUUUAUUCACAGAACAUCUCAUCAUGUCUGUCAAUGAUGGAUUCUAAAGGUCAACUGCUCUGGCAUGCCCGGUAAAAUUUACGAUUGAAAAAAUACACGGAGACUUUGGGGCAUUCUGUGAAAUAAAUGAUAAUUACGCAAUAAUCUAAACGCAAGCAGAAAAUGCGAUGACUGAUUUCCUUCGAGAGAUGCGUCGAAGGUAAAUCCAUAGUACAAAAGGAGCGAAACUCGACGUACUGUUUUCGAUACCGUCCGUAGAAUUCGUUUGCAUCACAUAACUGCGUAGCUACGUGCGAAUUGAUCGGGAGGUCAUGAGAUAAGAUAGGAAGAGAGUACUUUUGAUGAUUUUCUUACACUCUUUUUCUCCCCCCCCCCCCCCCGCCGCGAUUUUGUGAGUGUUAUAUUGCGUGUAAAAAAAUAAUAAUCUUGCUAUUUUAAAUUGUGCUAUCGAUACGCGCGUUCUUAUCGGGCUAUACUCUACAGAAGCCUUGACACUCGUUUCAAUCAGCGAUUGGCGCAAUUUACGAGUAAUUGGCUAAAACUGAUGAUGCGAAACUAAAUUAUACGAAAAAAUGUGCAUUUCAUUCGAGAUACGUACAAUUAUAUAACAUCGCUUGUAGUUUCUAGGGGUCAAAAUUAGGGAGAUAAGAUCAGCCUAUUAGCUACAUGGCACGACUCGUGAUGUGUCAUGACACGCCACUUUGUAUAUUCAGCGUUUUUUAUAUCCCUAGAAGAUAUUUUGGACCAAAUAUAUAUAGAACAAUACAGAUAGGAUUAUGAUAAAUAUAUUUAGAUUUCCUAUGUAAUAGACAUGUGCGAACUAUUCUAAUUCGAAUCGAAUCGAAUCGAAUCUAAUGUAAUUCGAUUCGAUUCGAAUCUGAAUCCUUAUGAUACGAAUUUUUAAUACGAAUCAAAUACAUUAGCGUUUGCGCGUAUCAGCUAUAAAACGGGCCAUCUGGACCAUCUGUAUGUUUGAACCUUUAACUUGUAAUUAAUUUAACUUAUAAUUAA